UUCUCCCACCUCCGUGCAAAGCGUGCUGCUAUCAGCCACGCGCGUGAUGGGGCGGGAUCGUUGUAUUUCAGGCUUGUCUCUGGAACUAGACUGGCAUUCAACGUGUGGACUCAAAGAGUGCUAAAGUCGGGACAUGUUGUAAACUUACUAACUACGGACAAUACAACGACGCUUUGUGAGAAAUGUAUUUACGAGACAGUGAAAAUCGAGGUUUUUAUUUCCUGCACAUUGGUUACCGAUCGCCCGUGUUCUAGAUCUCCCGCAACCGAGAUAUGCUGGUGAGCAUACAGCGUUGGCUGUGUGUCCUGUUUGCUGUUCUGACCACUGUCUACGGGUUUUACGUUCCCUUUCCCCGCUACUCCAGGCGGCCUGUUUACGGGGAUCGCUCCUUCCUUAAAUGCAAACGCCAUGAAGCCGAGUACUGCGUACUGACACUGCUGAUGUGUCGACAGAAGAAUUCCCACCACGACGGACAGGCGUUUGUGAAAGGAAUGUUUCAAAGCCUUGACGUCAAUGAAAACCAUGUGAUAGAAUUUGCGGAGUUCAAGAAUGUCCUGCUCAUGAUGGGAGUCAUCCCCGACACGUACGAACCGCCGCAAUGGGGGUCCGGCUGACCGCAGACUACUGCCGCCCAAUCCUGCCCCUAUGUGUGCUCUACCAGAAAGGACUUCCGGUCAGUUGGAGUUUGCGCAGUGACGACUACGGUGUUCCACGCGUACGCCGAGGCGACGUGAGAAUUCACGAGAUCAGAUGUUCACAAACUUGGGAGUACCCGAAUGGAAUAUACAGCUGGUGAAGAUUGGUACUUAGAUACUAUGAUUAACUCAAAUGUUAUCAUGCAUAAUGGCUCUUGUCACAUGACUCCGUGUGACGUCUUCUUGGUGCACAUUCCCGUCCAGUUGACUGCCGGCACGUGCAUGACGUCACAUGACGUCGCCGAGCAGUCGUCGGCUUCUUUAUCAUUUCCACGUGACCCUUGGUGGUGUACGACGCAACAUUCCCCGAGAUGGCCCUACUGUUGCUGGAAGCAUGGACUUUGUGUUGGGCUACAACUAUUCAAGUGACUAAUAUUUUGGUGUGUGUGAGAGUUGUCUCCCUUUGUGCAGAUAGUUAAGGGAGGUAACUCAUGACAACGACGUCUGCCUCGGAAUGUGAAAGAGGUCGGAAAAGAGUAGCUAAUUAUAUAAGUAACCAUGCGUGGGUCAGUUGGGUACGUCAUUGCAGCCUUCGUGCGAGUAAAAUACCAAACUUGUCAAAUGUUUUUAUUUUACUCGAACAGAGGACAAAUAUCCGUAUCGAACUCCCAAACCCAUUUUAUGUUUUUAUCUCGACAAGCACGAUGGUUGGGGUUAUAUAUGCAAACGAUGAUACAAGAAAGUUUGGAGUUAAAUAUCAGUAUGUACCGUCGUUGCCAUGGUAACCGCUACUCGGUUUGGGAAAGGAAGGGGUCUAAACAUUGCAAGUGGUUGUUUCGAGUAAGGGAAUGAGUUGCUGUGUUAGUCGAGAUAAUGACAUCGAGCCAAUUUACGUUAUACAGCUAUAAUCAACCCCUGCUUGGACCGUUUCUCGUGAUGUGACUUUGUGUUAAACGGCGAGUCAAGAUAAUAAAGGAUAUCAAAUGCGA